UAUAUUCUUAAAGCCGGCACUCGUCACUAACACAUCGGAGAAAUUGCAAAAUUUACAAAAAUUACAAUUGAAAAGUUGCUGAUUAGAAAGAAAGAACACGUAAGUGCGUGUGCAUUUUCUUCUCCGAAAAAAUCCAUUACACCCACCAAUAACAACAACAGACACCACACAAUAAGAAAAUGUUAACAAGUAAAAAACUUUGUGGCAUUUUGCCGUCGGGUUUUUUGUGUCUUUGUGUACUUACGACGUUGACUGACCUUUCAUUGGCUGAAGUUCCACGUCCAAUUGGAGUGUCUCUGACAAAAGCCACUCUAUAUAGGCCAAAUUCCGAUAAUACAUGGAAGUGUUUAGAUGAAAGCAAAACGCUAAAAUUUUUACAAAUCAAUGAUGACUACUGUGAUUGUCCGGAUGGCAGUGAUGAGCCGGGCACUUCCGCUUGUCCCCAUGGUGUGUUUCAUUGUGUAAAUCAAGGUCAUCGUUCGCAAGAUCUUCCCAGCUCGAGGGUGAAUGAUGGUAUUUGUGAUUGUUGUGAUGGCAGUGAUGAAUACCAAACUGGUCAAUGCUCUAAUUCAUGUGACGAGUUGGGUCGUGCCGAGAGGGAACAAAGAAAAUCUCAAGCGGAAAUGCUGAAGAAGGGUGCUGCUAAACGUUCUGAAAUGGUGGCUCGUGGGCAACAGCUUAAGGCUGAACGGGAAAGUCGUCGCCGUGAAUUGGAGCAACGUCGCCAGGAACAGGAAGCUCUGAAGAAGGAAAAGGAAGAACUUAAGAAACAGGCCGAAUCACUAGAAUCCGAAGCAAUUGCUUAUUUCAAAGAACUGCAUAAAGAAACCGAAGCUCAACAGAAGGAAGAUGAUUUGCAACUACCCAACGAGGCUGCCGAUAAAUUUAUGCACUAUGACACAAAUAAAGAUGGUUUUGUGGAAAUCAUUGAAUUACAAGUUGAUAUUAAUCUAGACAAGGAUCGCAAUGGAGCUGUCAGCGUCGAAGAAGCUAAAUACUUUCUCGACGAACGUGAACGUGUUGAUCUAGAUGCGUUUAUAACAUUGUCAUGGCCUCGCAUUAAACCCAUGUUAAUGGUUGGCCAGGGUAUUUUCAAACCUCCUCAACUGCCAAAUGAAAACAAUGAUGGCGAUGAUGCUGGAAAAGAGAAACAGGGAAAAUCGGAAGCUGAUGAUAUGAUAACCGAGUACAAUGAACGGGGUGAAGAAAUCCAUCGUCCUCAGACAUAUCCUGAAGAUGGCGAGGAAGAAGAGGAGGCCUAUGAGGAUGACGAAGCUGAUGUUGGUGAGGGUACUGUACAAGAUACCAAUCCCCCAACACUGGAAUAUGAUGCCGAAACUCAGCGUAUCAUCAACAUGGCCAAUGAUGCACGUAACUCCUUUGCCGAGGUCGAGCGUACAAUUCGUGAAAUUGAUCAAGAAAUACGUGACAUUGAUGAUCAGAAUUCCAAAGAUUAUGGUCCUCACGAUGAGUAUGCAAUUCUCGAGGGUGAAUGUUAUAAAUUCGAAGAUCGUGAAUAUGUAUACACAUUAUGUCCAUUCGAAAGGGCAUCUCAGCAGGGACGUAGCGGUGGUGCAGAAACAACUUUAGGCAGAUGGGAUCAAUGGCUACAUGAUGGAGAGCAUAAAUAUGCCAAACAAAAAUAUGCACACGGCGCCUCUUGUUGGAAUGGACCACAACGCUCGGCAAUUGUACAUUUAAAAUGUGCUUUAGAAACGAGAAUUACAUCGGUAAGUGAACCAAAUCGCUGUGAGUACUUCUUUGAUUUCGAAACGCCAGCUGCUUGUGAUGAGGAAGCAUUCCAUGCCGAGGAACAACGUUUCAAAGAUGAAUUGUAAAGUGAAUGAAUGCACUAAAAACACACACACAACUACUACUAAAAUCCCACAUUAAUGCAGGCAGUUAUUUAUGUAAAAUACAAAAACAAAAAGCAUUUCUUUGAGAACAGUUAUAUUUUUGUAAUAAAAAUUGGAUUACUUUCCCUAAACAAUUUGGUUGAAAUCUCUGUUUAUCAUCAUCUAUCUCAUUGUCAAGGAAGUUUCAAAGUGUUAUAAUAACUAAAAGUAAUCAUUCCUUUUUUUUGAUGUAUUUAUAUAGACAUUUUUUUAAAUAAAUGUAAAGAUAAUUAGAUAAAAA